AUAUAUGUAAUAUAUAUGUAUUAUAUAUUAUAUGUCAUUACUCAUUCAAUUCCAUUAGCAUCGGACAUUAAUGGUCAGGGAACAUACUGGGCUAACUACUACACAAGCUCUAAUGGAACACAAUCAGAUUAUGUGGCUUCUGUCAAUCGAUUAUUAACUUUGCAAAAUUGUAGUGUAAACGCACUUGAUUUAUAUUUUGUCAUGGAUGCAUCUGGCAGUGUUGGACCAGAUAACUUUGAUCUAAUGAAAGGCUUUGUCUAUAACAUUACUGAUAGUUUUAAUGUCGGCAGUGAUAGUGUUCGUGUUGGUGUAAUGUCAUAUGCAUCAUCCAAUUUUUACCAUUUCGACCUAAACACUUACUCAACAAAAUCGUCUGUUCUCACUGCUAUUAAUGAUCUACCUUUCAGUGAUGGGGGUACAAAUACAGCAGAAGCUUUGGAUGGAAUGAGGACAAGAGGCUUCUCUACAUCAUAUGGUGCACGUCCCAGAAGUCAAGGAGUACCACGGGUGGGGAUUGUCAUAACUGAUGGGUAUUCAAACAGUUAUUCAGCCACUCUAACAGCAGCUAGCAAUGUACACAAUGCUCGCAUCAUUGUUUUUGCUAUUGGCAUUGCAGGAGCAAAUCAAAAUGAACUCGAUGCUAUUGCAUCUCAGCCAUCUUAUGUGUCUUUCGUUUCCUCCUUCAGUUUGGCACUACUGAACUCACUUCAGUUUACUCUUAGCCAGGAGUCUUGUGUUGCAUCACCUAAAAUUGAAUUGAAUAGUACUGUUACCGAUAAUAUUGGAUCAGGACAAACAAAGUACCUCAAUUACCCACUCCCUAAUAAUACUCAAGGCAUUACUGUUGUCCUCAAUGUGACUAAUGGCUCUAUUAUAUUGUAUGCAUCAACAGUUGUCUCAACACCAAAUGAAGCAUUUCAUGAGUUUAAGCUUGUAACUAAUACAUAUGAAGAUGUUUUUAUUAAUCGUUCGAGCCUAAAUAAUUCUGGAACUGCUGAUACUGUUUUUAUUGCAGUUGAGGGUAAUGGUACGUCAAACCAAAUGCAAAUCAGUGCAACCCCAGGAGAUACUUCAACUGAACCUGUAGCAAUAGAUGUGUUUGUUAAUCCUAAUAUUUUUAAGAGCUAUGGAGCAACCAUUACUGUUGAGUGCAUUGCCCAUGGAAAACCACAACCUGAUCUGAAUUGGUACAUAGGUGGAACUGUUGUCAAUGACCCUAACAUUAAUGUGGUUAAUACUAUCAUUGAUGAAAAUACUGUUAAAAGUGAGAUCACUAUUAGUGGCCUUACUUCAGGUAAUGAAGGUUCUUAUCAAUGCAUUGGAAGAAAUCUUCUACCAAAUGGAAAUAUUACCAGUUCGCAGUUGUUUGCACUUGAUGUGUCUGGAGAAUUUUGUAUACUUCCGCAUAAUCCUGGUCCAUGUCAUGGUGAAUAUCCACGCUGGUUUUUCAACUCUUCCUCUGGUAGUUGUGAGCCAUUCCUUUAUAGUGGGUGCGGAGGUAAUAUUAACAGGUUUAGUAGUCUACAGCAGUGCAUUCAAUCAUGUGGAUGUGGCAACGGAACAGCUAUGAGUUGCAGCACUGACCUCUGUGAAACUAGUUCUUGCGAAGGAUAUGAUAAUCCAUUGUGUGAGAUUGAUUCUUGUUCUUUGUGUAACGUUAAACAUUUCGAUGGGUUAAGAGAUGUCACUAAUCAAUGUGGCAUUUGUGAUCUUCCUAAGGAAUCUGGUCCAUGCUUUGCAUAUUUUGAGAGGUGGUAUUAUAAUGAAAGGUCAGGUCUCUGUGAAAAAUUCAUUUAUGGUGGCUGUAGAGGUAAUAACAACAACUUUAUGACACUGAGUAAUUGUCUACAGACUUGUGCUGAAGGUGAUAAAACAUGUCCAGGAGGUGUGAAUAAUGAAGAGUGUUAUUCUGAUCCUUGUCUAACUUCUCAUUGCCCUAACUAUGAGGAUGCUGUCUGCAUACCUAACCAUUGUGGAGAAUGUUCAGCUCAUUUUUACAACAGUUCUGGACACGAUGUUACAAUGAUGUGCAAUGACUGUCCACCAGAAAAACCAGCAGUUAGGUGUUUUAUCAAUGAAUGUGAUCAUAAAACAUGUCCAAACUUGCCUCCAACUGAAUGUCAGUUGGAUGUGUGUGGGUCAUGCAAAGCACAUUAUUACUUGAAUGACACUGAAGUGACUGAUAUUUGCAAUGCAUGUCCAGCUGAUGGCCAGAUAUUUAAAGACUGUGGUGGCUCAUGUGAGAGGACUUGUGAUGAUGUACUAUCACAGGAUCCUUUUAUUUGUGAUGUACAUUAUUGUGUACCUGGUUGUGGAUGCCCUGCUGGACAAGUAUUGGAUAAAUCAAACCAAAGGUGUGUGUAUCCAGACCAAUGUCUUUGUACAGGUCAAUGUGAUCCAGUACCCAAUAAUUGCUCGAGUAUAUCUUAUGACGAAUGCAACUGUACCAUAUGUGAAGAUUGUCCUAUUGAUGGUCAGUUUUAUGCCAAAGAGGAAACAAACUGCCCAAAGACUUGUUCUAAUCGUUAUCUAUUGUGCAGUGGUGAUAAAAAGCCUGGCUGCUCUUGUCCAGAGGGUCAAUUGAUUGAUGAAAUGAAAAAUCAAUGUGUUCAUCCUGAUGAUUGCCCCAAGGUUGAUCCAUGUACCUUAAAUCCUCAGCCAGGACCAUGUACUGCUAGUAUAACAAGAUACUAUUAUAAUUACACUACUGAGACAUGUCAAGAGUUUACAUACAGUGGUUGCUUUCCUAAUGAAAAUAAUUUUCUUACUCAACAUGACUGUGAAGAAAAAUGUAGUGAUUGCUAUCCAGUUUGUACUCCUGAAUAUUGUUCGAUUAAUAGAAAAGCAACGUGUUCUCUACCUUCAUCAUUGCCUGGUAGUGUUAAAGAAUGUCCAGGAGGAUGUAACAUAUCCAAUUGUGGUGCAUGCUAUUAUUCAUAUAAUGAUCUUCAAAUCCCACCUACUUUCAGGGGUUGUCCAACACAUUGUCCAGUAAGUAAUACUACAGUGGAUCAGUUUUGUUUGGAAUUUUGGGGAACUUGCAUUGAUGUAGCUUUCAAAAGAUUAUAUAAAGAUGUGCCAGCACGUGAGAAAAUAAAAGAAAACUUUCGAUGCUGGGAGCAUCCUUGCACAUCAUAAAAUUUUAAUAUUUUUGUUUCUGACUAGACUUUUGUUGGUUUUAGUAAUUUAGUGAUUUUUUUUUCCGGGUAGUAUAUGUUUUGUGUGAUUCAUUACAACCAAUUGCACAUAAUUGGCUCUUUGAUAGUCUACUAAAAUAAUGCAAACAGGUUUUGUUGCCCUUUACUUUAUCCAAUCUUAUGACCCGGCUUCCUUA